AACGCCAUAAACCAAACAGAAAAACCCUAGAGCCGGUUUGUUCCUCAGCGCUGGAAUUAGGGAUAUUUGACAGGUAGAGUUUCUUCUCCUUCCGCGACUCAUGGCUCCGGCUAAAGUUGAUAGUUCUAAGAAGGGUGAUCCAAAGGCACAGGCCUUGAAAACUGCUAAGGCAGUUAAGUCUGGUGCUACCUUUAAGAAGAAGGCAAAGAAGAUCCGAACUUCUGUCACUUUCCACAGGCCUAAGACAUUGAAGAAGGAUAGGAACCCCAAGUACCCUCGCAUCAGUGCACCACCAAGGAACAAGCUUGAUCAUUAUCAGAUUUUGAAGUUCCCUCUCACCACUGAAUCUGCUAUGAAGAAGAUUGAGGACAACAACACUUUGGUUUUUAUUGUUGACCUGCGUGCUGACAAGAAGAAGAUCAAGGAUGCAGUGAAGAAAAUGUACGAUAUCCAGGCGAAGAAAGUUAACACCUUGAUCAGGCCUGAUGGCACCAAGAAGGCAUAUGUUAGGUUGACCCCUGAUUACGAUGCAUUGGAUGUGGCAAACAAGAUUGGGAUCAUCUAAGGUAGUACCUGGGUACUAUUUUAAUGUUAGGCAGUUCUAUGGUGAUUCGUGAUGGAAACCUUUUAAAAAAGGAUAGGUUUUAUAUUUUGUGCUUUGUUAUUUUGUAUCUUUUGGCUCAGUUGACACUAAGCAGACAUUGUGUUUCAAUUUUGACUAGAGAGUUGUUUAAAUUGUUGAUUGAAAUGAGCAUGUUAAAAUUUUCUAA